AUGGUAUGUAUUGCGCCAAGAGUUUAUCUUUUUCUUUCUUUAAGUGCACGUUACGACGAUAUCGAUCCGAUUCUGCGUGUGCGGUAUUAUUUUUCUCAAUUACGCGUUGUCCAAACAGAAUGCCUAAUGAGGCUUCUACCCGCGUGCGCGUUUUUUGCCCGCUCGCUAGUGCAGUGUUAUACUUGCCACGGAAUAGUCAAGAUGGAUAGUGUCCAAGGCCAAUAUAUGCGUAUCAAUCAGAUGCUAAUGUGUUUCAUCGGUCAGUGGCCAUAUCAGGAGACUUGGGAAAAAUUUCUAAUCCAAAUCUUCUUCGUCCCUGCGGUUUUUUCUCAGGCAGUUAUUCAGGGCGGCGGCAUGAUCACUGCAUGGUUCGCAAAUGAUACUGACGCGUUUAUGGAAAGUUCGUCGCCUUUUGUAAUUAGUUUAAUGUGCAUUUGUAAACACAUUAAUUAUACAUACAAUCAUGAGCAGAUGAAGAGACUGAUGAUUAUAAUGGCAAAAGAUUGGAAUAUUUAUUCAAAGUACAGUUAUGAAUACGAUAUCUUGUGUAAAAGUUAUGCGAUGGGCAGAAAAGUCACGAUUGCUUACGCAGUCUCUCUGUACGGCUCAAUGACUCCCUUUCUGGUUGUGCCGGUGUUAAUAAACACAGCGAGCUAUAUGGGUCUAUAUAACAUUUCUGACGGUAGACUCUUGAUGUUCCGCACGGAAUACUUUAUAGAUUCGCAAAAGUAUUACUAUCCGUUGCUGGUGCACUCGUACAUCGGCACCCUCGGAUUCGUCACGAUUGUCGUUGCGAUCGACUCGAUGUUGGUGUUUUACAUACAACACGAGUGCGGGAUGUGCGAGAUCUUAGGAUACCGACUAGCACGGAUUAUUGAUACAGCCACUUUAGAUAUAAAUUUAUAUCCGGGAAAUAAAGAAGAGAUUGCGUCGUAUCGAAAUGCGAAAAAUUGUGUAAUCAUGCACAACCACAUAAUCGAGUACGCUAAGCAUCUCGAAAAUGCGAAUACGACAUCGUAUUUUUUUCGACUAGGUUUCAAUAUGAUGGGCAUGACUUUCACAAUAUUUCAGGCGGUGGUAAAGUUAACCGAUCCAAAGCAGGCAUUACGAUUCGCGUCGUUCACGGUGUGCUUGUUUUCUGUUCUUUUUCUCGAAAGUUGGCCGGGUCAGCAACUACAAAACUAUACCGAUAAAAUUUUUGCAUACACGACCGACGGAAAAUGGUAUCAAUCUUCGCUGAGAGUGAAGAGGAUAAUUACUAUUAUGCUAUUGAGGAGUUGUGUGCCGAUUAGAAUAACAGCGGGCAAGCUGUAUACUUUGAACUUGGAGAACUUUGCUGCAGUUGUGCGCACGUCGUUCUCUUACUUCACCGUGCUCUGUUCUAUGCAAUGAGCAUUGCAGCUCGAAAGCUGCUAUCAGUGACAACAGUUGCAGACAAUGUCCGUUUGUUCGACAACUCGUAAGUUACAGCUGUACAAUUACAAUGGAUUAAAACUCGGAGAAAUAUUACCUGUGACAAAGAUGCGCGACAGACAGUCAAAGUAUUGAAGUAUUUUUGGCGCGAUUAGUACUAGAUAUUUAGGAAAGCAAACAUAAGUAUGAUAGCGAUUCUUUUUCUAGUUUUAUUUAGCUACAUAAAAUAUUUGUAUGGAAGAUACACUGAAAAUUAGUAAUAAGAUACGUAUCUUCUAGUGAACAAAUUCGUGUGUUAUUAAAUCAUAUUGGCUGCUAUAUAUAAUAUGUCU